AUGUCGAUUCACGAAGACGCCCGGAAGGGGAUCCUUGUUGGGGACGUCCUUGACAAUCACAUCAAGAAAAUCUUCACCGAACAAGAUCCUGAUUCAGGGCUCACCCCACUGGCGAUAGCCGUCGUCGAAGGAUUUCCCGAAGAGGUUGAGCAGCUCCUCAAGAAGGGCGCUCGAGCAGAUGGCCUCUCUAAGAAAGGUGAGACCCCUCUCCUCCUCGCUGCCUGGAAGACCUUGAGGGAGCGUGCUCGAAUCAUCCAACUCCUGCUGGCCGGCGGAUUCCUCCCGGGUUUCGUCGACAAGACCUGUAGCGAAGCGCGGAACAAUACGCCGUUGAUGUUCGCGAUACAGAAAGGGGAUCUCGAGUCAAUCAGGUUGCUACGAAAGGCCGGAGCCUCGCUGCGGAUUACGAAUGAUGAUAACAAAAGUGCGGAAGAUAUGGCCAAGGAGAAAAAUGAAAAGGCCAUCUAUCGGGCACUCGAUCCAGACGAGGAGCCGUUAAGACUCGCGCGCUUAACUAACGACAUUGUCGAUUAUCUGCGAUACAUUAUUGCUUGGGUAAACGAGAGCUCCAACGGCGCCGUCCGCGAUGUAUCCGGACUGGACCCCGAAAUAGACCAAGAUUUAGACGAAGUAGGGAAACCUGAUAGGUCCAACGAUUGGGCAAUGGGGAACACAGAGGAUACUACCACGGACGAGUUCCUCAAAAACGUCGAUAAAUAUGUCAAGAUCACAACCGAUGGCAUUCUAGAACGCUUCUUCGGAGACAAGAAAGAUUUCGUAAGAGACAUAGCCCGGAAGAUCGUAGACUGGGCACAAGUUUCGACCGCAGGCCGUGAGGCGAAAGACGUUCCGCAAAGAAGAGUCAAGGUCCCGUUAUAUCGGCCAGUCAUCUAUUGUGACGACAGCACCUCGAUGAAGCGGGAGGGGCGUUGGGAGAAUCAAAAGGCACUGGUCCAGCGCAUCGCUAGGAUAACCACACGGCUACUUCCUGAGGGCGAAGGUGUCUCCUUGCGCUUCAUCAAUCGAGAUGUCACCGAACCCGACGACCUAGGCUUGGAGGAGCUGGGCGAGAUUCUGCGAGACAUGCCCUGGCAGCCCGGCGGUGAUACCCCGAUCGGCACGAACCUGCGAUCCAAAAUCCUCGAGCCGCUAGUCUACAGCAAGAUCAGGGAGAAGAAACUCAAGAGGCCUCUGCUCGUCAUCAUGAUUACCGACGGCAUGCCUGAGCCCGAGAGCAAGUCCGAGAUCGUCAAUGUCAUCUUGGAGUGCGAGAGAAAACUGCAGGAGGGCGGCUACCCCCCCGAAACUGUAAAAUUCAUGAUUGGCCAGAUUGGAACAGGAAAAAGUGCUACAAGAUUUCUAGAAUAUCUUCGACAGAACUCUGACAUUUCACGGUCAACGUUCGUCACUUCUGAGAGGCUUGAUGAGAAGUUCGCGGACUAUAGAGGGAAUGGCCGAGAGCUAGAUCGUUGGCUGGUUGAGACCAUGUUUUCUCCAUUUCUCAAGUCUACUAACUAG